UGUCGGACGUUCCUUCGGUCGUCACCGCCACCCUCGGGACCGAAAGGUCGAGCUUUUUCCCCACGUCGAGAAGCGGUAUGGGGAUCGUGCGGUCGGAGGAGAGGCAGAGGGCGGAGAUAGAGGAGCUCCGCCGCAUGCUGCUGGCGUGCGCCGCCGUCCACCGGAGGAAGGACGACGACGGGCUAGGCGCUCCUCCCAGGGCCGCGGCUAGGGACGACGGGGACGGCGACGGCGAGAGGACUGUGUGCGUCACCAGCGGGGUGUCUUUCUUGGGCCGGGCAGUCGUGAGCCGGCUCCUGCUCCGCGGGUACUCCGUUCGGAUCUUGGUCGACAACGAAGAGGACAUGGAGAAGCUGAGGGAGAUGGAGACUUCGGGAGAGAUGGGGAGCGCCGCCCGGAGCAAUUUCAGCGCAGCGGUGGCGAAGCUGGGCGACAUGCAGAGCCUGUGCGAAGCGUUCGAAGGAUGUGCCGGGGUCUUCCACACCGCAGCAUUCGCCGAUCCGGCGGGGCUCUCCGGCUACACCAAAGCGAUGGCGCAGAUAGAAGUGAAGGCGAGCGAGAGCGUGAUGGAGGCGUGCACGAGGACGCUGUCGGUGAGGAAGUGCGUCCUCACGUCGUCACUCCUGGCCUGCGUGUGGCGAGACCCUGGCCGGGAUCACCUCCCCCGUGUGAUCGGCCACGAUUGCUGGAGCGACGAAUCCUUGUGCACCAGCAGGAAGCUAUGGUAUGCCCUGGGCAAGCUCAAGGCUGAGAAAGUUGCUUGGGAAAUAGCAGAAGAUACAGGGUUCAAGCUGGCCACAAUCUGCCCUGCUCUGAUCACUGGCCCUCAAUUCAUCAGCAGAAAUCCAACGGCUACAAUUGCAUAUCUUAAGGGGGCCAAGGAAAUGUACUCGGACGGGGUGCUAGCCACGGUGGACGUGGCGAGGCUGGCGGAUGCUCACGUGUGCGUGUUCGAGGCGAUGACCAAGACCGCAUCGGGGAGGUACAUCUGCUUCGACCGUGUGAUCGGCAGCGAAGACGACGCGGCGAGGCUGGCAGGGGAAAUGGGGAUGCCGGUCGAUAAGAUCUGCGGGGAAAGCGGGGAAUCAUCCGUGCAGCAACCGCAUCCGAGGUUCGAAUUGUCGAAUCAGAAGCUCUCUUCCCUCAUGUCGAGAUCGCUACGGCCGUGUUACGAUGAGUCGGGGGCGAUCUGAUUUUGGUCCCCUAUUGCAAUGUCGAUUGUUUAACACUUCCUGUCCAUGUAAAGGCUGAGAACGAUGCAGAUGAAUAUGAAUUUUGCGGUCUGAUACUUAGAAAUUUCAAGAGGCCCGUCCCUUGGGAAAGCCAACAGAGAUCGAAUGACCAAGAGUAUGUGCAUGAAUCUGGAAUACCAAGAAAAGACAACCCACUGUACAUUUCCACUGCCUUCCGACGAUGAAAAUCAAAUGGGCACUUUGAAUUCGAGUUUUGAAAGCGUGUCGACUGUCGAGUAAAAGAGAAGCACGUAAAACACUCGAAAAUC